CCGUCUGAGCGACUUUCGCUGACACUUAAGCCGGAGUUGCGGCCUCCCGCCGUCGCCCUCGAGGGGCUCGGUCGGUCUGUUUUCUGCCGGGCGGGGAAGAAGCGGCGAGUUAACUGCGGGAUCUUCGAAGUUCCCAAGACAGGGGCGCCCUCAGCCCGGCUUCUCCCGGGGCGCUUCCCGAGCAUGGGCGGGCAGUGCUGCUGCUGCUGCUUAUCCGAAGAGGAGAAAGUGAACAGGCUCCUGAGGCUGGAGAUCGAGCGGCGGCUGCGCCGAGACAAGCAGCAUUCCAGCAAGGAGCUGAAGCUGCUGCUGUUGGGUACAGGAGAGAGUGGGAAAAGUACAUUUAUCAAGCAGAUGAAAAUAAUUCAUGGAUCAGGCUUUUCAGAAGAAGAGCGAAAAAACUACACAAAACUGGUUUAUCAAAACAUAUAUUCUGCUAUGCAAGCUAUGGUGAGCGCUAUGGAUGCUUUACAAAUACCAUACUCAUCUGAACAAAGCAAGGAGGAUAGCCAGAUGAUUGAAGAGGUACAAACAGACAAAAUAGAAACCCUGGAAAGAAAAUAUGCAGAAGCACUUAAGAGGCUAUGGAAGGAUCCAGGUAUCCAGGAGUGCUACCACCGACGGAGAGAAUACCAAUUGUCAGACUCAGCUAAAUAUUUCCUUUCAGAUUUGGAACGCAUUGCUAUGCCAUCAUUUGUGCCAAACGAGCAAGAUGUCCUCAGAGUGAGAAUACCAACCACUGGAAUCAUUGAAUACCCUUUUGUGCUACAAAAAGUUAUUUUUCGAAUGGUAGAUGUUGGUGGACAAAGAUCCGAAAGAAGGAAAUGGAUUCACUGCUUUGAAAAUGUGACCUCAAUUAUAUUUUUAGUUGCACUGAGUGAAUAUGACCAAGUCCUGGCAGAAUCCCAUAAUGAGAAUCGUUUGGAAGAAAGCAAGGCCUUAUUUAAAACAGUAAUUACCUACCCUUGGUUUCAGAAAUCUUCAAUCAUCUUGUUCUUAAACAAAAAAGAUAUUUUAGAAGAGAAAAUUAUGUAUUCUCAUUUAAUUAACUAUUUUCCUCAGUUCACAGGACCAAAACAAGAUGUCAAAGCUGCUGGAGAGUUCAUUCUGCAGUUAUACAAGGAUCAGAAUUCAGACAAAGACAUCUAUGCCCACUUUACAUGUGCCACCGACACCGAGAACAUUCGAUUUGUGUUUGCAGCUGUUAAAGACACCAUCCUUAAUCUGAAUCUAAAGGAAUUCAACCUGGCAUGAAUAAAAAGGGAAUCCGCUACAUACCUUUGACUAUCCUACAAUUUUAUUUAUUACUUAUAAAAGAUGUUCUGUGUAAUAGAUUUUUAACAAUUGUUUGUGUCUUUGCUGAACCUGGAAAUAAGGUUAGAACUUUUUAAGGAAUAGGUUUUGAAUAUUCUGCUUUUAAUUUUUUGGAGGGGAUUUGUGAGCCUUUUGGUCAUAAUCACAAGAAAUCCUUUUACCUUUCAUAAUUUAUAAUAGAUGUGCGUUUGAACCUCGUUAAGGCCACAAGAAUGAUAGUUUGAGACUAAUUGUAUUGCUGUUAUUCAACAGAAAGAGGGGUGCUUAGAUUUGAGUACUUAUUAAAUCUAUUUUUAAUGGUGCCUUUCUUCUUGUAGUGAACAAUCAGCCUUAACAGGUGGCAGAAGUUGGUUGCUCUUUUUUUAGGCUCAAAAAAAUUAAAAAACCCUCCCUCCCUGAGUAGCCUCAAACCUAAUUAUUACUUGGGUUUGAAUUAUGUAAUCCUCUCAGGCUAGAUAAAAAAAGUGAAAACUGGUCUGAUGAAGGGAAUAGUAAAGUCUUCACAUGCUGUUCCCGUGAAAUUUGCAUGAAGUUACCACGAGCUGAGUUUCAUUGAAGAGUAUUUAUUUUACUUGCAAUUAAACAAUGGAUACUAAGAGUUUGUUUGUAUAUUUUUUUCCACUUACUGACAGGAAACUACAACUGACAGGUGCUUUUAUGGAAAACCUUGAUGUUUUAAUAUUAUUUGAAUUAAUAUUAAUAGGUUAACGAACCAAAGGCAGUUGUUUGAGGGACCCUCUCUUCCCAAUUACACGCAUCUAUCAGGAAGGGUAUAUUAUGGGUCCCAUCUGCUAAGAAGUUCCACUUGAGGGGAACCAAAAUAUAAGCUUUUUCUGCUGUGGUUCCGGCCCUCUGGAACCCAAGUGAGCUUGGUCCUGUUCCUAUUCCAGCUUUCUGAAAACCCUGUAAUAAAACAUGGUUUUCCCAACAACCACAGGGAACCUGCAAGAUGGUCACACUAUCGGAUAUUGAUAUUCUCCCCCAAUCCUGGUUUCUAUUUGUGUUUAAUUUUUUAAAUGAUUGUUAUAUUUGUUUUUUUAAUCAUUUGUUUACUGUAUGCUGCCCAGUGAAAUGGGUAAUUAUAUAAAUUUUCUAAAUAAAUAGUGGCUUUCUAUUAUCAA